AUGGUAGUCUUGUCUUUAGCAGUGACACCAACUUCUCAGGAAAAGUUUGUAGCAGCAACAGCAGCCGAUCCAACUCUAAAUAUGGUAGCAGAUUUAGUUCGCAAAGGUUGGCCAGAACACAAGAAGAAUUGGCAUCCCGCGGCUAAACCAUUCUGGUUACAUCGCAGUGAUCUAAGUGAGUGUGGAGGUCUACUCCUUAAAGGAGAACAAAUCGUUGUCUCAGUGGCCCUCCAACCAGAGUCGAUCUUCCCACACGGGAAGAUGCUUUACACUAGUCAGCCGUGCUUCCCUGUCGCAAUUCCCGAUUACGCCUUUCAUAAAGUGGCAACAGACCUCUAUGAAAUACCAGGAGUUCGUUAUCUCCUAGUGGUAGAUUAUUCUAGCAAGUGGCCGUGCGCGGCUCAGUUACGUGGAAUUUCUAGUGCAUCGGUGGUGGAAGAACUCAACCGCAUCUUCGUUGACUUUGGCUUUCCUGAACAACUUGUCUCAGACAAUGGAAAACAGUUUGAUUCGUCGGAGUUCCGGCGAUUUUGCAGCCGUCAUGACAUCCGUUUAACAACAUCCAGUCCUGAGUAUCCUAAAUCAAACGGAUUAGCGGAAAGGACAGUGCAGACUGUCAAAGAAUCCUUCAUAAAAUCAAAAGGCGAAGGCAAAACCCUCCUCCAUGUACUACAAGUCCUUCGGUCCACACCAGUGGGCAACGGGUUGCCAACUCCAGCUGUGUUACUCCAAAAGCGCAAUCUUCAUGGCGGGUUGUUGUUCACUAAACGAGCUCUGACGUUCAAAGAAGUUGAUGAGUAA